AGACGACUGUCAAUACAAACUUGCGCUAUAAACAUCAGAAACAUAACAAAGAGACUAGUGAAAAGACGAAAGGGGAUAAACGUUAGAUCGUUUAUCCUUAUACAAAUUUUACAACGCAGCAGUUCUCGAGUUUUUAUUUUAAGUGAAAAUUCGAUAGAAAUAGUUAUCUUAUAAAACAAGUGUAAAAAAAUCAAGAAUGGCGACGCGAAAGUUAAAUACCCUGGAGGAUUUGAGUGAAUCGUGGGUGGAGUUGAAUUCUGGUGGGCUUAAUGGAGCUGAGAAUGAGUACAUUCGGUUACUGCGUGAGGCUCAGAGGGAGAGCCGGGACUCCUCUGUUCGACACUCGCGAGCCUCCAGCAUGAAGGGCAGUCCUAAAUCGCCGCCAAACAGUCCGAACCUCGAGCCGUCUACUGAAGAUGAGCUGAAGGGAGUCUACAUUAAUUGUUGGAGGGAUGAAUCCAACGAUUGGGUUUGGGAGUGGAGCAGCCGGCCUGACCAGCUGCCCCCUAAGGACUGGCGGUUCAAGCACCCGGUAAAUGCUCGCGGACCUCCCUCAGCCACCUCCUCUAUUGAGGUUUUGGAGCAGCAGGCUAAUAUGCAACAGAGCCACUGUCUGUCCGUCCGUCGCACCUGCCUGUUUAGUCGCGGUGCUGUAGCGGCCGUUCUUGUCACCAACAUUGUGUCUCUUCUCAUUGGAGCCGGAAUUGGCAUUUGGUUGAGCAAAAAAGGAAUGCUCCCUCCCAGACUGAUUGUGCUGAACUGAAUAUAUGAAAGACUGAUAUGAUGGGUACAGAUUGUAAGGUUUAGUAGCUAAAACGGUCACGCCUAGUGGGAAGAUUUGAAAAAAAAAUUAAAAAUAAAAAAAAAAUCUUUGUAUCUAGACGUAGACGUGUUAUAUAAAAAUUGAUGUGAUUGACUUUUAACUAUGUUUUAGUUGUUCUUUUGAUUUGGGGAUUUUCUUUAAUCUACUUUUUUUCUAACAUUACUUUUUUUAUUUUCUGUAAACAAAGGGGAAUUUGUUUUUAUUUUAGUCACAUCGAUUUUUGUACUGUCACUUUUUAUAUUAUUCUAGUAUAUAAGUCUGUUAGAGUAAGACAAGAUUUUUUAAUUUUAAACAGGUGUUUAUUUUUGCAUUUUUUAUAUUUUUCUAUGUCAUUGUAGCACAGAUUUGAUUUAUAAAAAUGUAGAUUUGCUAAACAUCUGUUUCUUUCAUAAUAAUGCUUCUAUUCCAAAAUGUUGCCAUGUAUAUUAAAAUGCUUUGAAAAGGUUAUAUAUAAAUAAAAAUAUUUUAUUAUUAAGUUCAUAAUAGAUGUUAACGUAGUAAAACAUAGCUAAUAUUUUUUAUCUUAACUGUGAUUUCUACGUAAUUACAUUUUUAUAUGGGACCCAAAUUGUAUUCAUCAUCACACAUCACUAUUAUGCUCAAUAACUGCUCAUUCUAUUCAUAUACAACAUUAUGGCCAUAAUUUAAAAAAAAGGUGACCCAUUGCUAACUAGUAAAGAAUAGAUUGAACACUAUCUCACGCCAUAUUUUUCGAAAACCGUAUAUUUUUAAUACCAAAAUUUUAUGACAAAAUUUAUCAAAAUAAUUUUUCAACUGAUUGGAAUGUUGAAUUUUUGGAUUUAUUAUAAAUAAAAUAUUAAAUGAUAAUAUUACUAAAUUCAAUGUUUUCAUAUCUGAAAAUCAAUGACGAUUUUUUUCAAGUAGAGCACUUAAAUUAUUAUAGUAGUUUUAGAAUCGUAAAAGAAUUGUUUCGUUUAUAUCAUUGAUUUUCAUUUAGAGAUAUGUUAAUAUUUGUCAUAAUCAUAAUCAUUAGUUUUAAGCGCUUGAAGUAAUUCAAUAAAUACGCAUUUUAAUAAUA